UCAGAGCAUUAUUUAAUGUCUCAGCAGUUAAGUACGAGCAGCAGCAGAAUGAGUGGUGAGGCAGGAGCUGGCAAGCCCUUGAAGGUGGGCUCACGUGUAGAAGUGAUUGGAAAGGGACAUCGUGGUACUGUCGCUUAUGUGGGUGCCACAAUGUUUGCCUCUGGCAAGUGGGUUGGAGUCAUUCUGGAUGACGCCAAGGGUAAAAAUGAUGGCACAGUGCAAGGCAAGCGAUAUUUCACUUGUGAGGAGAACCAUGGCAUCUUUGUUCGCCAGUCCCAGAUUCAGGUUGUUGAGGAUAGUGCUGACACCACUUCCCCUGAAACCCCACAGGAGCCCUCCUCUUCAAAGGUUCCUAAGCGAGAAAUGACAGAGACCCCGAAAACCAGCAAGACGCGUGGAACAAAGCCUAAAAAGACCCCAGCACUGAGAAAGGUACAGUUCAAUCUUUACCAUUCCCAACCUCUGCAUGCUUCAAACAGCAUGCUUUCUCCGUCUUAAAUAUUUUCUGCUUUU